AUGCGGUUUUCGGCCCAUUAUUUCGCACCUGCUCUUUCCAAGGCGACGCGACUUCAGCUAGGAAAUAUCAAGACUGAGUAUGGUUAUGUCUCAACAGCGGCUGGUUCACAAGAAAAAUGGGGCUUCAUCUUUAAAGUAAGACGAUAUCCACUUCUGAGUUGCGCGUAUACGUUAUGUUUGAUGUCUAUUGCCAUCGGUGUUAUUGGGACCUACCAGCAAUAUCGGGAUAUGGUAAUUAUGACAGAGCACAUUUCCUAUGAGGACAUUAAGGAUCGCUGCCUAACCCCGAUUCCAGGUUGGGCGCGCAUCCGAAAUGUGCAAAUAGCUAGUCCUCUAGGUCCAAUGACGUAUCGCGACCCUACUCCUCUUGACUGGCUUCCGUUUGAGCUGAAGCUGGGUCAUGUGAAGCAGGCCUCGUAUUAA